AUGAAUGGCAACAACGAAGGGGCUGGGCCCAGCAACGACCCGCAAGCCAACGAGCAAAGCUUCCACCAACUGCUCGAGGAUAUCAGACGCCGAGCAGCGGAAGAAGACGACGCCUCAAAGAAUGAUCCGUUGACGCAAAAUGUCCGUGAUUACAUGCUGGAAGAUAUGGGGGUUGAUGUGACCGGAAUGGAGGAGCUGUUCAACCUGUACAGCAAUGGCAUCGAGGGCAUGGAUCUGGGUGGCGACCACAUUGAGCUGCUCAGGGGCAUCAACCGCGUUACCAUCGAGGAGAUCGAAGUCGGCGGCAUAAACAAGAAGAAGUUCAAGUUCGACGACCUCGACGUUGAGGAUUAUUUUGGCAACGUUGAUCCGUACGAGAGACCAAAGAAAGCAAAGUCCAGCAUCGCGUACGCGGGCAGAGACCUCAUCUCGGAGAUAUGCCAGCAUGUGGAACUCGCCGUGGAAUUGGGCAAGCAUCUCAACGGAAAAGAGUUGCUGAAUCUGUGCCUCGCAAAUCGCCGCUUUUACGAAGCCGUCAAUGGCUAUCUGCUCUCCAGCAUCCGCGCCUGGAUCGAAUACAAAGCCCCUGAAGCAGGCCGCAUCUUCCACUACCAGCUGUACGCAAAGCAUCUGGUUGACGAUCCUCAGAAGAGAACGUGGAUGGCCUUGAAGCAAGGCAUGACAACUUCCCCAAAGAAGGACGGCAAGGUCCGCAAGGUGCCUGGACUGAAGUAUCUACAGCUCGUCCUGGGUCGGGAUAAGUACUGCAGGGAGAUUCUCGCCAUCAUGGCAAGGUGCGGUCACCGGAUGCCAAAGACGAUGCAUCACUCGCUGCUGCGGCUUUGGCUUCUCAUGGACGUUGCCACUACGCAGCAGAGACAGGCGAUGCUGCAGAUGGCGCACAUCUUCAAAGACACUGAUCUCUACAACAUGCAAAUGUUCUUCAUCAAGCUCGGCAUGCUCUUCAACGACCCUGUUUACGGCCCCUGCACGUUUGAUCUGGUGCAACUCAUGAUGGGUCAGAAAGGCCUGUUCAAGCUCUGGCAGCUGCUCACCCGCAAGAAAUUCAACAAGCUGGCCGAUAUUCUAGAUCUCAAGCUGCGCUACGAUUUCAACUUUGUCAACGAGGGCACUUACUGGGUAGAACAUGGGCUGAGCCAGAUCCAGGGUAUCCCUCUGCACGAAGUCGGCCAGCAGCACAAGGAAGGCUGGGGAGCGGGUCGAAUGCAUCUCCUUCGCCCAGAUGAAGCCGUUCCUGUAGAAGCUGUGCGCAGAGGCCUUCAGUUGGACGAUCAUCUGAGCCACAUGGUGAUCUGGGGAUACUUUGACUGGAAGACGGGCGAGAAUAUUGUCCCCUCCCUGGAGGAGAUGUACAUUGAGGAUGAAAACGAAGUGCUCGCCAAUGUCGAUACGCUGGAGCACUGGAAGCCAAGGCACGUCCUCAAGAAGCGCUGGGACAAACUCACGCCCCAGCAGCAAGAUGAAAUCCUGUUUGACGAAGAAGACGAACGACUACGCGCUCAAGCCUGGGGCAGCACCUUGGAUGAAAACGACGAUGCCGGCAGUCCAGACGACGACUCGGAUACAGACUCGGACGAAUCGCUCGAUCUCGACGAGGAAAUCAACCGCGGCUACAUCGUGCCUCCGCAGCCCAAAGACCACGAAUCUACCGUUCCUAGGGCCCAUGACGCACAGGGCUGGGUCAACUUUGUCAACCAGUCGUUACUGGGAGGCAUGGUGCCCGACCUCGGAGAAGACGAGAGACUCAAGGCUGAGGCGUGGAUUUCGCAUCCUGAGCCUGAGCCCGAGCCUGAGAUUGAUAGCGAACAGCUGCUGGACGCCUUUUUGGCGGAGCUAGGAAAUCGACAUCGGCAGCAACAAUGGGCGGCGACGUCUGUGCCCCAGGAGGCAGACGGAGAUGAUGGUGCUGGUGAAGAGGAAGAAGCUGGCCAAGAUGCCGAAAUGGCGGAUGAAGGAGACGUCGAGGAUGAUGACGACAACGGCAACAACCUAGAGAGCAUCGACCAGGGCACUCAAUUCCAAUUCCAACCACCCUCUGAUACCCAAUUCUCCUACUACUACCCUUUCGACGACGCACAAAUGGAUCUCGAUCUACAGUCCUUUAUGCCAACAUCUGCUGCUUCUAAUCCAAUGGAUCCUGCUGGGCUCUACGAUGGGGAAGACGAACUCAUGCAGGACGAGGAAGAGGGUCAGGACUACGGCGACGUGCUUUGA